AUGGCUGUAGCUGUGGCGGCGGCUGCAGAAGCCCAAGCAGCCGCGGCCGCAGUGGAGGCUACAGCCCGAGCGGCGUCGGCAGCGGCACCCCAGGGAGUUUAAGAUGGCGGCGGGGGGGGCGGCGGGCCUGAGGGAGGAGAAACGCUACGGGCUGUCGUGCGGACGGCUGGGGCAGGACAACAUCACUGUACUGCACGUGAAGCUCACCGAGACGGCGAUCCGGGCGCUGGAGACUUACCAGAGCCACAAGAAUUUAGUUCCUUUUCGGCCUUCAAUACAGUUUCAAGGGCUCCAAGGGCUUGUCAAAAUUCCCAAGAUUGACCCUCUCAAUGAAGUACAUAGUUUUAACUUCUAUUUGUCCAAUGUGGGUAAAGACAACCCUCAGGGCAGCUUUGAUUGCAUCCAGCAAACAUUCUCAAGCUCUGGAGCCUCCCAGCUCAAUUGCCUGGGAUUUAUACAAGAUAAAAUUACAGUGUGUGCAACAAACGACUCCUAUCAGAUGACACGAGAAAGAAUGACCCAGGCAGAAGAGGAAUCCCGCAACCGAAGCACAAAAGUUAUCAAACCUGGUGGACCAUACGUAGGAAAAAGAGUGCAAAUUCGGAAAGCGCCUCAAGCUGUAGCAGACGCAGUGCCUGAGAGGAAAAGGUCAACUCCCAUGAAUCCUGCAAAUACGAUUCGCAAGACACACAGCAGUGGCAGUGUGUCUCAGCGGCCAUAUCGAGACAGGGUGGUUCACUUACUGGCCCUGAAGGCCUACAAGAAACCUGAACUGCUUGCUCGAUUGCAGAAAGAUGGCGUCAAUCAAAAAGACAAGAACUCCCUUGGCACAAUUCUGCAACAGGUGGCCAAUCUGAAUCCUAAAGACCUCUCCUAUACCUUAAAGGAUUAUGUAUUUAAAGAGAUUCAAAGAGACUGGCCUGGAUACAAUGAAAUAGACAGACGGUCACUGGAAUCAGUCCUCUCUAGAAAACUAAAUCCAUCUCAGAAUGCUGCUGGCACCAGCCGUUCAGAAUCUAUUUGUUCUAGUAGAGACGCUGCACCUUCUCCUUCUCAGAAACGGCUUUUGGAUUCCGACUUCAUUGAUCCCUUAGUGACUAAAAAAGCUCGAAUCUCCCACCUGACAAGUAGAGUACCGCCAACACUAAAUGGCCAUUUGAACCUCACUGGUGAAAAGGCUGCAGGUCUCCCGCUGCCCCCUGCAGCUGCUGCCAUCCCUGCCCCUCCACCGCUGCCUUCCACCCACCUGCCCAUCUCCAAGCCUCCGCAGACUGUCAAUUCUAACUCCAACUCCCCUAGCACUCCAGAAGGCCGGGGGACUCAAGACCUACCUCUUGACAGCUUUAGUCAAAAUGGUAGCAUCUAUGAGGACCAGCAAGACAAAUAUACCUCUAGGACUUCUCUAGAAACCUUACCCCCUGGUUCAGUUCUACUGAAGUGCCCCAAGCCUAUAGAAGAAAACUAUUCAGCGUCUCACAAGAAGUCCAAAAAGAAGUCAAAAAAACACAAGGAAAAGGACCAAAUGAAAAAGCAGGAUAUUGAGACCAUGGAGGCAAAGGAGGAGGAGGACGAGGACCUGAAAAGAGAAGAGGAAAUUGCCAAGCUAAAUAACACCAGUCCCAAUUCCAGUGAAGGAGUUAAAGAGGUUUGCAUUGCCCCCACGGAGCCUUCUUCCACAAUUGAACUCCCAGAUUAUUUGAUAAAAUAUAUCGCGAUUGUCUCCUAUGAGCAGCGCCAGAAUUACAAGGAUGACUUCAAUGCUGAAUACGAUGAGUACAGGGCCUUGCAUGCCAGGAUGGAGACUGUGGCCAGAAGAUUUAUCAAAUUAGAUGCGCAACGGAAGCGCCUUUCCCCGGGCUCCAAAGAAUAUCAGAAUGUUCAUGAAGAAGUCUUACAAGAAUAUAAGAAGAUCAAGCAGUCUAGUCCCAAUUACCAUGAAGAAAAAUACCGGUGCGAGUAUCUUCACAACAAGCUGGCUCACAUCAAAAGACUAAUAGGUGAAUUUGACCAGCAGCAAGCAGAGUCAUGGCACUAGAAGUUCUGCUUGGACCAGAAGAUGUGAAUAAACUUAAGCUUAUUUAUUUAAAGCUCCAAAUGAGUUGCUCUAAGAGUCUCAAGAAAUGAAACUUUGCCUGUUGAAAGUUUCAAGAUAUGUAAACUUGAGUUACUUUUUUUUUUCUUUUUACUUUGCUUCCCUGCAUUUUUGAAGCUGCUUUUUCUGUUUUUUUGUUUUGUUUUUGUCUUUUUUUUUUAGUCUCAAGAUUUCUGUUUGCCAAUAGAAAUACAUUUUUAAGAUAUUGGGGAUCCAGUGUCUAUAAUUCAAAUCAAUAUUUUUUCCUCAAAAACUUGUGUUUAUCAUUAGAAAUGAUUUUUUAAAAGAUAUUGGGGAUCCAAUGUCCACACUCUAAAGUUGUGUGUGUUUAAAAGCAACACAACACUGUGCAAGAUGAAAUGCUUUGGGGAAACAUAAACCUAUUUACAGACCUUUCUUAAAGCAAACUUUUGCCUUAAAUGGGUAGAACCUUUAGAAAUUUGCACAAUACAAAAAAAAAAUAUUUUUAAACAUUGUUUUGGAGGGUUAAGAUAUAGACAGGUGUAUGAAUAUGCGUAUGCAGACAUACAUAAACUUGUGUAUACAGACUCACUUGAUGUAGAACAGGAAAACCACCCUGCAAGUUAACCCCCCAUUGCAAUUGUUGCCUUAAGGUGUUUGCUAGUUGUGUACAUAGUGUGGUUAAUAAUUAUCUACACUGCUUCCCACUCGGUUAGAGCAAUGGGAAGCACCUUGUGGCCUACCAGCGUCUGAAAGCGUGUGCUCGGACCGUAUGUGUGCGGAGGUUGUAUGGAUGUAAGCAUGCCUGAAGGAAAAAGCUGCUACUCUGAAGUAGGCCAGGCGCUCAGGUUCAACAACUGACGAGUGUUACUGUAGGGUUUUUUUUUUUUUUCCUUUUUGGUUUUGUUUUUUUGUUUUUUUCUGUCAAAUUCCUACUUCUAUUAUGGAAGACAUAAGCAUUUCCAUUUCAACAGUUCGUCAGCUUUAUUAAUGUUGGGCAAAAAUCAAUAUGAUGAAAAUGAAACAGAUCUAUAGUUUUGGGGCAAAAUUAUAAAAUCAAACAUGUAGGCAACCUAUUUAUAUACUGCUAUAAAGUAUUUUUUUUGAAGAGAGAUAUGCAAAGAAGCUAUUGCCUACAUGAAAUGUAUAUUUAAAGAUUUUUUGUUGUUGUUCCUCCUGGGUACCAGGAAUAUAAACAAAGAGCAGAUAUAUUUAACCAUAACAUACUGUGAUUCAUCAAAACAGCACAAACUCUCAUUUCAUGGAGUUUAUCUGUUGACUUUGAUUUAAACUAUCACUUGUUUUAUCAUGUGGGAACAUAAGUUAUGUAAAGGUUUUGAACUAAUGAUUCAAGUUGUGUUGUCUUAUCGUAUUGUCUUUUCAAAGUGCUGCCAUUUGAAAAGGGAAGCAUUAUGUUUACAAAUCUGUUUUGAAAUGUUUGCCAAAAUUUUGGUAGUAUCUUUAAUAAAGAUGUUUGUCUCCAGCAUCCCAAAAAAAUAAAUAACUUGGUUGUGUAUCACUGUAAACAAAAUGUUUGUGUCUAGAAAACCUGGGAGGACAUGUGAACGAACUCCUCUCUUUGGCAUUCUUCUGAAAACAUUGACUGGGAAGAUCGGAUUGUACAGCAGAAGUUGACACAGUGACAGACUGAGCGAGAGCCUUUGCACUAUAAUAACUCUGUAACAUUUUAUAGAUACAAUUUUAUUUCUGUCAAGCAUAGACUUCCUAGAGAAUUAUAUUAAUUUCAACAUUGAAAUCCCUGGUGCUCUCCCUUUUAUAUCAGAAUUGGUACAAUUAGUAUUAAACGUUACAUGAGUUGAAAAUUUUAUCCAAAAAACAUUGGCAAGAAACACCAGUUAGGGGUAAGUUUGGUCUUCACGUUAUUAUAGUGGAGCCUCCUGAGGAGUUUGUUUAUAGAUAAUAAACUUGGACAUCUUCAUCUUUUUAAUCAAAGAUUAUUUGCUGCUAUUUUCUGUAAGCAAUGUUUCUCAAAAGCAGGGUGCUUGGCCACUUGUACCUUCCAAUUUAGAUUCUCUGGGUAUAGAUGCAGCUGAAAACCUUUAGGUCAUUCAAUCUUGAACUAAAGUUCAACUAUUAGUUUUGUCCAGGCCUUUUUUUUCCCCCUCUAGGGUAGGGUGGAAACCAUCCAUCCCUGUCAGCAGGUAAAAUCAUUUUUCCCAUUUGCCUGAUGUGAAACAUCCCCUCAAGUUGUUUCCCUGCCAACUCAAUCUUUUCAGAAACAAGCCCUUGAAACUCCUGUCCCCCUCAUCAGCACAUCUUCUGGUUUACAAGUUAGCUACCAAGGGAAACUCAAGAUGAUUUAUGGGAACGCAGUCUUGCUCACUCAUUGACUUGACCACCUACCUGUAAAAACCUUAAUUCAGAUGUUGCUUGUAUACGUUGGGCAGAGGCCUGCAAAAUAUAUGCCUGGCACUUUCAUAUUUGAGAAUUGUAAAUCCCUGAAUCUGCUGUUACUGGAGGUGGCAUCCCCUUUGCAAAUGGGCGUGGGCCUAUUAAACUAUGGUUAGCCAUUCAUCUACUGUACGUUUUUUAGAUUCUCUUGUGUUUGCUGCAGGAAGGCCGCCCACUUAGUACCAUUUACUUGUGAGAAACAGUAAAGUGUAAAACAGUAUCAUCAAGAUUAGUGAACAAGUUGUAUUAGUUUUCAUCACAUAUUUCACAUGAAAUCAUUUGAAGCACUCUUGAAGAUUUUCACUGCCACCCAUAAAUUAACUACAGAUUGAGUGAAGGGAUUAAGAUUUAACUCAGUAGUGUUAUGUGUUCCAUCCUUGCUCUCACGAAAGCAACUGAGAUAGCCUAUUUAUAUCAUUGCUACAUGUAUUGGUUAUAAAAAUUCAGUAUUUUUUUUUUCUGAUUAAACUUAUAACCUUUACAGGAAUUUCCUUUUUCUCUCAAAGUAUUUCACUUUAUGGUGUAAAACAAAAACCUGCUCAUAUGUUGGAAGCAAGGCAUUGAACUGAGAUAUAAACGAAAAUGAUUUUAUCAGUUCAGACACUGGUGGGUGGCCUUACCCUUUCUUUGCUUUGGUUGCCAUUCUUUGCGUCCAGAAGGAACUUGGUUGGAACUGUAGGCAGUUCAUGUCUUACUGGCUGUGUAAGUGUUGAGUCAUGUAUACUCGGCAUAUGCCUUUGCAACCUUUGAAGCUCUUACUGUUUGUUACUUGCCCAAGUGUUUCUAAACCAUUUUCUUAUGUGUACCUCAUGGGACAAAGUAUGGACAACAUGUUUUGGAGAGGAUAUUAACUAACACUACUAAAGGAAGUCAACAGAAGAUCUUAUCAGUGUUCUUGGUAACCUGAAAAGAAGGCUGUGAGGCACAUCUCUAAAUUUUUUUCAAGUGUUUAAAAAUAUAUAUAACAUUUAUGCUGUUUUUCAGUUCUCAGAUGUUUGACCCAAGCCAUGUUAGUGCCACCCAAACCAUGUUAGGGGUCUGGAAGGUGAAUGAUCACAGAGGCUCUUCAGUUGCUCCUGAGCUCAGCAUCAUGGUGGCCUCUAAUGUUCUACACCAAUUUUGGUUCAAUAAAGGUGUUAACUUUGCAAUCCUG